AUGGCGGAAAUGAAGUCAAUGUUCCGGGAAGUUCUUCCAAAAGAAGGGCAGCUGUCUGUGGAAGAUAUAACCACAAUGGUGCUAUGUAAGCCCAAACUUUUACCCUUAAGACCUCUGACUCUGGAAAAACUGGAGAAAAUGCAGCAAGCAGCCCAGGAUACAGUUCACCAGCUAGCAUUGGUAGAAAAGGAAAAGCAGCAAAUAACACCCCGAAUGAUGACCUAG